AUAGGGUUUUAGUAGUUAGAGAUUAGGGUGGGAAUUCGGACACAGCACUAGUCUCUCCAGCGUGUCCUGGGUUUUCCCCUGGGCCUCUGCUCAGAAAUUGCCAAAUUUUGAAAUUAAUUCACAUGAAGAAUUAGUAUCUCAGAGAAUUGAAAAACUGUCAAAAUGAUUUUUUCUUACAGCAUCUGGUUGGAGUUUUCGAUUCCAUCUGGCCUUGAACGCAGCAGUGACGUAGCCGCCAAGCAGACAGCUGGUUCCCGCCCACAAAGUUUCUCAGCCUAAUGACAGCUACGACAGCGGGGGAACAACACGACUGGAGCCUCAGCGGAAAAACGGAGCACAGAACUGCUUUCCUCAGCCACAAACCACGGUGAGGUCACGCAGCCGCGAACAUGUCCGAGCCGGCCGUGGAGGCGAAGGUGGAGGUCAAGCAGGCGAGCAAAGAGGUGAAGGAGAGUGAAAACGCCGCGGAGAAGUACUCUGCCAUGACGGUGAGCAAAAACAGCGAGAUGAACAUGGGAGAGCUGGCUUCGUCAGUCUUCAGCGCGGUGCCCACUCACAAACCGGUCAAAAAGCAAAUCCAGUUUGUGGAGGAGAAGCAGGAGUUCAGCAGGUUCCCUACGAAGACCGGCCGCCGCUCGCUGUCCCGCUCCAUCUCCCAGUCCUCCACGGACAGCUACAGCUCAGCUGCGUCCUACACAGACAGUUCUGAUGACGAGACGUCACCCCGGGACAAAACCCAGAUCAACUCCAAGGGCAGCAGUGACUUCUGCGUCAAAAACAUCAAACAGAAUGAGUUUGGCCGACGUGAAAUUGAGAUAGCAGAACAAGAUAUGUCGGCUCUGAUUUCACUCAGGAAGAGAGCACAGAGUGAGAAACCCUUGGCAGGUGCCAAGAUUGUGGGCUGCACUCACAUCACCGCUCAGACUGCAGUGCUCAUCGAGACUCUGGUGGCUCUCGGAGCUCAGUGUCGGUGGACGGCCUGCAACAUUUACUCAACCCAGAAUGAAGUGGCUGCUGCUCUGUCAGAGACAGGGGUCGCCGUGUUUGCCUGGAAAGGAGAAUCUGAGGAUGACUUCUGGUGGUGCAUUGAUCGUUGUGUCAACACGGAGGGCUGGCAGCCCAACAUGAUUCUUGAUGAUGGAGGAGACUUGACACACUGGGUGUACAAGAAAUACCCAAAUGUCUUCAAGAAGAUCCGAGGCAUAGUGGAGGAGAGCGUUACUGGCGUUCACAGGCUGUAUCAGCUCUCUAAGGCUGGAAAACUGUGCGUCCCAGCGAUGAAUGUGAACGACUCUGUGACCAAGCAAAAGUUUGAUAACCUGUACUGCUGCAGGGAGUCCAUCCUGGAUGGCCUGAAGAGAACCACAGACGUCAUGUUUGGAGGCAAACAGGUGGUGAUCUGUGGGUACGGAGAGGUUGGAAAAGGCUGCUGUGCUGCUCUGAAAGCUUUGGGAGCCAUAGUCUACGUGACAGAAAUCGAUCCCAUCUGCGCCCUGCAGGCUUGCAUGGAUGGAUUCAGGGUGGUCAAACUGAACGAGGUCAUUCGGCAGGUCGACAUCAUCAUAACGUGCACUGGGAACAAAAACGUGGUAACCAGGGAUCAGCUGGACCGCAUGAAGAACGGGUCUAUCGUCUGCAACAUGGGACACUCCAACACGGAGAUCGACGUGGCAAGUCUUCGGACACCCGAGCUGACCUGGGAGAGAGUCCGCUCCCAGGUGGAUCAUGUCAUCUGGCCUGACGGCAAAAGAGUGAUUCUCCUGGCCGAGGGCCGCCUCCUGAACCUCAGCUGCUCCACUGUUCCUACUUUUGUUUUGUCCAUUACAGCCACCACUCAGGCUCUGGCUCUGAUAGAGCUGUACAACGCUCCCGAGGGACGAUACAAACAGGAUGUUUACUUGCUUCCCAAGAAGAUGGAUGAGUAUGUCGCCAGCUUGCAUCUGACUACCUUCGACGCCCACCUGACAGAACUCACGGAUGAUCAGGCCAAGUACCUGGGACUGAAUAAGAACGGCCCAUUCAAACCCAACUAUUACAGGUAUUAGGCUGCGAAAGCACCCAGAACCCCUGAAUGUGGAGCCCUGUCUUCCAGUGAGGAGCAAUGUGUAUAGAUGCUGUGUUUCAUGCUCCUCACUGGGUGCAUACAUACGUUGCUUUAAGUGUAUUGCAGUGAUUGCGGCAGGCUUGUGUCAGUACGACUUCCCUUUGAUGAAACGUGCCACACAGAGAAAGGCGUUGCGGUCGCAGAACUCGUGUGUUUCUGUAAUAUUUUGUGCCAAAGGAGGAGGCGGGCUGGAGUCUGGAGCUGUAAAACAGUGAGAAUUAUUAAAACAAGUCGAUUUGGUGCACAAAUGUGGAGUGAAAGUAUACCAGAACUCAUCUGUGAACGGCAUCACCCGCUGUACUGUGCUGUGGGUGUUUUAAGCUGCUCAUCCCUUUUGUUCUUGAAACCAGUUCUAGAUAUGAUCUAUGAGAAACUCUCGACUGAAGAUUUAAUGUUUUAAUAAUAAUAAUAAUACAUUUUAUUUAGAAUACGCUUUACAUUUUGGGUAAAAUCUCAAAGCGCGUUUUGCUUCAGGACAGAUGGACCAAAGUUGAGCUUAAGCAAAAAAAAAAAGAGAUUUUAUGGCACUUAACUUAGAGACAGAUGUUUGCUUAUAUUGACAUAAUUUCUGGAAGUCUGCUAGAUAUAUUAAAGUAUGCAUUGGUCAAGUACAUAUAAGCCAUAUUAACUUGUAAAGGUUUUGUGGUCGUUAGUUGUUUGAGUACAUUCCAGUAAAGAAAUCUCUCCGUGCUGCUUUCAACAUCUCUUUCUAAUUUUGUAUUAAUACACUUAAAAUGCAUUCCAAUGUUUAGAGAGAGAAAAAUUUGUUAUUUUUGUGAUCAUCACCAUUAAAGAAGAAGAGUUCUUCAGUUGACCUGAGACACAGAGAUAGACGUCAGAAAACACUGUCUGUCUGCACCUCAGGACUGUCAGGUAACCACAAUCUAGGUGUGUUAAUACGUUUUCUUCUCAUUAUUUCUGCUUUAAUUCAUGAUUUAAAAUCCCAUGUAAAUGCAUGCAUGUAAAUAAAACUUUUAAAACCAAUGCCAAGCUUAGUUGCCCAGCAAAAAAAGACUUGAUCAGGGUUUCAAAUCUGUUUUUAACAGGAAUGACUUUAGUGUGUUGACACGGUUUACACAGCAGUCUGUAAAGGGCUCAGUCAUGUCUUCUUGGGUUUUCUAGCAGACUCUGGUCAUUUCUUACUCGGGUGAUGUCUGGCUUUGUUGUUGGUGAAUCGUAACCACAAAAAAGAUUCUUUUUAUACAACUGCAAGCAGUCCGGACUCUACUUUAGUCUAGCUUUGCUGCGUUGAACUAAACAGCUGUGUUAGCUGCGGUUAUAUGUCAAAUUUGAACUUUUAACACAACAGUUUAGUUUUGUAGAAGGGUCUAUUUUUUUUCUUCAAAGACUUGAGCACUGUUUUGUGAGCCUUUCAAAAUGCAUAGAUUAGCAGUUACCUCUAUAAUCACAAGCCAUGCAUUUUGAGAUUAGGUUCAGCUGAUUGAUCAGUUUUGCUUCAAGUGGCACAGAUUGAAAAAUGUCAUUUCUUGCUAAAUCUAAAAGUCUAUGAUGUAUUUUUUGCACAUGCUGGUGGUCGAUGGUUUCACGUUAUUCUUUACAGCAGUUUCUACUCAAACUAAGGUUUCUUAACUCACAGAUGUUUCUUUUUUAAGUGAUUCUCUAAAUCACACGUGCAUCUCCUCUGAAGCUUCAGAGUCUGCCAUAUUUGCUUUAUUUUGUGUGUGCAGUUAUUUUUAUUCACAUUAAAGCUAUUUUAGACUAGAUUAAUCAAAAUGCGUCUUUCUUUUCCUUUUUUGUACCUCUGUUGCACUUUUAACAUUUUCUUAACAUGAUGAUGGUACUUUUUGUAAAUGAUUGUGUUUCUUCAAUAGUCAACAUUCAAAGAAUGUGUUGUUGAUAAGGCCGCUAAAACAGAUUUUUAGACGGCAUAAAUCAAUGUUUUACUUUGUUUUUCUUUAUUUUGAAAUGGUAUCCCUGUGAAGUUCUCUUUGAAUAUGUUCUAAACUUGAUGAUGGUACAUUUUGUCCUUUUCUAUGCUUGUCACAUGAUCAUACUGAAAGGCUUUUCUGUAUGGACAGAGAAUGUUAUUUUAAUGCAGCAAAUAGAUUUAUUCCUGUUAGGCUUUAGUAAACCACUGUGAUUAUAAAGCUGGACACUGUUUCAUUUGAAAACAGGAGUAUUUAUGAUGCAAAUGUUUGUUACAUUUUAGGCUUUUAUUCCUAUCGUUUAAAUUUAAAUGGUUGUUUCAUUUGAUCCCUUAUCAUACUUUUGCACCUUUUCCUUCAAUAAACUGCUGAAACAAACAAA